CUGUGUGGUUACUGUUGCUACAGUACUGUACAGGAGAGGAUAAUAACUGGGGAUAAUCCCUACACUGUCCUUUGUCAGUUGGUCGCCAGGAAUCCAGCAUUCUGUUUAUUUUGAUCUCUAGAGUGACUUAGAUUGCAGAGCUAAAAUGGGAGAGCUCAAGGAAGUACAUUGGUCAGAGCUGCACAAGUGGGGAAGAAUGGAUGUCUCUGGAAGAUACAUCCUGGUGAGGAUGAAAAGUGCGGCCGAGACAGGCUACUGUUUCAACGUCAGGAGACUCCGGCUGCAGGAGAAACUGGUCCUGUACAAGUACGAUCCCAUUGCAAAACAACGUGUCCUCUUCACAGAGAAGAGAAAAAUCCGCUCUCUCUGAACAAUGACCGGAGUUGAUUUAUGUGAGAGGAGAGAUGGUCUGGGGGGAGGAUGGGGUGAAUACUGAUUCAGAAAUCCAGCAACAUGGGCUGAAAAGAGAGGAAAUGAACUGGGAUCACCGUCUCCUGUGAUUUGAAGGCCAUUGUGAAUAAAACAAUGUAGAGAGAGAAAAUUCUUAAUGUCUGGACAUAGAUCAUCAGAGUAACAUUUAUUUAUCUUUUGAGUUAUUUUUACAGUACUCAAUUAAAAAAAAAUUAAAUAGCAAAUCCCAUUGUGUUUUCCAUUGUGAAAGAGGUUGUAAUCUUCAAAGGAGCUAUUGUUUUAUACGGCAAUAAAAAUUAACAUUUUCCACAGCAGGAAUUCAA